AUGAGUGACCGGAAACGACCGUGUCCCAAAGAGCAGGAUAUAGAUGCAGAUUGUCCUUUCACUAUCGUCUACAAGGCCAACCCUCCACGCGCUGAAGAGAAACGAGAAAAGGAAAAAAAUGGAAAAACGUGCACGCGCCAGGAUCGACAUGAUUCCAAGCACUUUCAACUCCAAACGUUUGACUUCCCACGUACGAGUGCCUUCAAGGCCAUGGAUGUUUACUACGUCGUACAGCCGAGCAAUCGGUGGCUUGGCAUGACACGGUAUAAAAACUUUCGAAAUGGAUUUACAUGUACCACCGGGGAUUUUGUCGUCGUUGCCAAUGAACAGAGCAUCAAGCGGCAAUGUACCGAGAACCACGUACAGGACGGAAACUCCAAGCUGCACGAUGAUCAUUGGAUAGCGCAGGUCCUUGAGAUCAGAGCUUUGGAUACAUUUAACAUUUACGCGCGUGUAUCUUGGAUGUACAGGCCACACGAUAUCCCCCCCGGCACUUUACGAGGCAGGACGAUAAUAGAAGGUCGCCAGCCGUACCACGGACCACGCGAAUUAAUUAUGUCCAACCAUAUGGAUAUCAUUGAUGUAAUGAGCAUCAAGGAAACAACGGACGUCAGACGAUGGAUUGGGUCGGAUGAUGAAGAGAUCAAGGAUGCAUUUUAUUACCGUCAAGCCUCGAAGUACGGGAAGUGGAUGCAUUAUGAAUGCCUUUUUGAGGGUGUUUUUCAGCAAGCUCUUCAGCGUCUGGAAACAGAAACUUCGCACGAAAAUGAAGGAUCAUCUGCCAACGAGAAAGAACGCAAAGGACCCGCGUGCUCCGUCCUGCCUCUCGAAAAGAUACGGGUUCAGUCAACAGCCGAAGACCCUGAUGGAGAGAGUCAGACACCCGUCAACUCGUCUCAUCUAUGUUUUCCUCUCAAGUUCUCGCUGUCGUUCGACCGCUCUACAUAA